AUGCCUGCUGCCGAAACAUUGUCAGUGACGCCUUUGUCAGACACCCCAUUUGGGUGCACGGUGCAAUUGCCAUCCUACGCCAACAACGAUCCUGCCAACUUGAACGACUCCGAUUUCACCGCGUUGUACGAAUCAGUGCACAAGCACUUGGUGGUGGUGAUUCCUGGCCAGGCGGAAUUGAGCCCCAAAUCGCAGUACGAGUUGACCAAAAGGUUUGACCCCUCGAUCCCCCAGCCCAAGGAGAGCAGCGGGGCGGGUUAUGGCCACGGCAAGGAGUUCCGCCACGAACAGUCAGUGUUGCGCAAGGACGGUACUACUGUCAAGUCCCAGCCCCAGGUGCAGAUCUUGGGCCAGGGCACGUUCGAAGCCAACGAGCCAGGCAACGAAAAUGGCGAGUUCAUCUCGUUGACCCAUCCGUCACACACCUCGUUCCACCACACUCCCCUCACAGACGCCCAGAUCAAGCAUGACCACAGAACUCGUUUUUACCGCUGGCACAUCGACAGCGCGUUGUACGACUUGUCGCCACCAUUGGUCACCACGCUCUUGGGCAUCAAGGUGCCGCCAGCCACCCAGACCCAGAACAUCGUGUAUGAAGACUCGGACGAGAAGCUCGAGUUGACUCAGGGUGCCACCUGCUUCGUCAGUGGUGCUCAGGCGUUCCGCAACUUGAGCGAAGAAGAUAAGGCGUUCGCGCUCGCCACCACGGUGGAGUACGCACCCCACCCCUACAUUGUGAUUUCUCCCGCGGGAGCCACCUCCGACGGCCUCACCAUGGUGUCUGAGGGCAAGGAGAUCCCGUUCGACAAGCUCCCCGAGUGGGAAGCCUCCAAGGUCAAGAAGUUGCCCAUGGUGUGGACCAACCCCGUGACCCACGAGCACCACUUGCAAGUGCACGGGUGCUGCUUGCACAAGUUGCACACAACCAAGGACGGCCACACCACCACGUUGGAGUUGGAGGCUGCGCGUAAAAAGGCCCACCAGUUGAUGCGUCCCGCAAUCUCGCCCCAGAAUGUGUUGGCACAUGCCUGGAAGCAGGGCGACUUGGUGAUCUUCUACAACCGAGGCGUGUGGCACUCGGUGACUGGUGAAUUCAAGGGUGUCAACAACGGCAAGGACGAGCGCCGGUUGAUGCACCAGUGCAACAUUGCCAGUGGGUACGAUCCCAAGACUGAGGUAUAG